AUGAUUCUGUCUCUCAAUCACCUGCCGGAAGAGAUCCUUCAUUCGAUCCUAUGUCACUCACAACCGCGGUCUGCUACAGCUCUCCAACAAACCAGUCGCCGGUUCGGAGAUGUGACGAAACGGCCCUUGCUAUGGCGGCAUUAUUGCCGAACCUACUACAAGUUCUGGGACCGGCGACAUGACAUCCACCGGAAAUUUAUCCUCCCAGCAUCAUCGGUAGAUUGGAAAGCCUUAUUUAUGCUGAGAUAUCAUAUCGAUGGUUCCGUCACCCAGCUCCUGAACAGUAUUCUCGCCAGCCAGGCAGGUCGGAUUGAGAAGUUCCGAGCUGUGAUCGAGUUCGCUUACGAUGCAAAAGAUACGCUGUUACGGAAUAGCGAAGUACAAGAUGGUGAGGACCAUCUCGCAAGGAGAUACUAUGCCCGUGCCCUUUUGACCUGCCUACACCGAAGUAUCGCUGUUCCAGAGUGGGAUAAACUGCGACGUGGUGAGACAAUCUCACUUAAUCGCGCCCUGGGCGCAUUCGACCUUUUCAUCCCGGAAAGCGGGUAUGGUGACUUUGACGAGCUUGAGCAUGCCAUGGCCCAAGUGGUCCACCAAUUCGCGACCUCCCACCCAGAUUUUGAUGAUCAAAGCCCCCGGGCGAAAGCUCUCGAACUUGCGUCUUGGCUGCGAGCGAAUAACCUGACAGGCAUCGAAUCGGGGCGAGAGUACCAUUCUCUGGAACACAACUUCUUGGGGAUGGCUCUCAAUAGCCCGGGACACAACUCUUUGCCAUUGAUCUCGGCGGUCAUAUAUUGCCACGUUGCCCAGGCGCUUGGAAUUGAGUCUCAUCCUUGUGGAUUCCCAUUUCAUGUCCAUGUUAUCGUUACUCCACAAACCGGGUUCGAUAUGGACGGGAACAAAGUCACUGGCACUGAACCCGGCUCGCCUAUGUAUCUCGAUCCAUUUAGAGGUGCAAGGGAGACACCGGUCUCCGACCUCCGACAACAGCUGAUAUUCCUCGGCGCAUCAGAAACAGAGCAGAGCGAAUUCCUUGGCGAAUCAUUUCCCUCGGAGGUUGUUAUGAGAUGCAGCAAGAACAUUGUGAACUCGAUCCAUUCUGCGACUAGGCAAUUCGAUUUCCAUGCUACACCGGUGGAUAUCGUGAGUGCAAAAUAUGCGGCUUCGUGGUCGUCGAUGCUUCUUUCGGCCGAUUCACGGCCAAUGGAUCUACGACAUCAAUUAUCAUUGUUGAUGGAGCUUUUUGCGACAGACUUUCCCUCUGAUAUUUUUUUGGUGGAGCAGUAUAUUGUGCCUUUGUUCAAUGGCCUUCUUGAACACGAGCAUAUCCUCGAAAGCCUUCACGUCAUGCGAGCCGUGGACGAGAUUCCAAAGCAGAUCCAUCGGCGCACCGGUGAGAACAGAGCUGUCCGGUAUAAGGUAGGACAAGUCUUCCAGCAUCGUCGCUAUCAUUACCGGGCUAUCAUCACUGGCUGGGAUUCUGAAUGUGGUGCUGGGGAGCAGUGGAUGAGGCGGAUGGGGAUCGAUCGUUUGCAGGCUGGCCGCCACCAGAGCUUUUACCAUGUUCUAGUCGAAGACCGAAGCGUUCGUUAUGUUGCCGAGGAGAAUAUCAGCCUUAUUCUGCCUGAUAUUGAGGAGCUACCUUCAAGCCUGACGAGUAUUGCUGGUAAGCAUUUUAAAAGGUGGGACAGGGUGGCACAGGCAUUUAUCAGUAAUGUCCGAGACGAGUAUCCUGAUGAUUAG